GAAGCCCCGCCUUCAACUUGUCAUUGGUAACUAUUCACGUGACCGGAAAUUUGUUUUCUCCGUGGUCUGCUGCCUGAGUGGCCCUUCAGGACAUGUGACUGGAUUGUGUAGAAGAGUUGACAUGAACUCCCCACAGGCCCCGCUCCCGGAUCACAGAGAUGUUAAGCAGAAUAUAACGAAAAAGUUAUCGUCCUCACUCCGCGCCCUUCAGAUGCGCUACGUGACAACUGAUGAUGUCAUCACCAGCGACGAUGAUGAUGCCAACAGCUUGUGUGUGGCUCUGGAAGCCGUCUUUAUCCAUGGACUGAAAGUGAAAUUUAUCAGAACGCAGGCUGACAGAAGGAGGAACAAGGGGCGUCGCGUGCCCCUACCACAGCCAGCUUUUUGGCCUCUCCUGAAAGCGAUCACUCACCGGGACGUCAUCUCUCAACUGGAGACUAUAAGUUAUAUUAAUAGUGACGUGGGCCGCUGCCGCUCCUGGUUGCGCCUGGCUCUUAAUGAUUCGCUGAUGGAGUGCUACUUCUUGACACUACAGAGGGAGAAGUCUCACUUGGUGGAUUAUUACCAGCCCUUUGCACUGCUGCUGGAUGCGGAGGAUUGUGAUGUUGUUCUCAGCUACCUUCAGGGUCUAUCAUCACUCAUGUUCUCUCUGUCCUACAAGUCUUCUAUUCUGAAUGAGUGGACAGCUUCCCCUUUAACAUUGUCUGGGCUGUGGCCAGAAGAUGCAGAGCGAGGUGUUCAAUAUGAGCCGCACAGGAAAAAAUCCUUGGAUUCUGUCUCCCAGUCUUCUGGCUCAGAUGACACCAACAAUUCAAUGCUGAGUAAUAGUAAGAUGCAGUUGGAGUCCUCUUCCCUGAGCCUGGAUCACAGUAGCUCAUCCUCCCAGCUUUCUUCUAGUCUGGGAUCUGAUGAACAGCCUCUUACACGGGGCUCAGCGACUCCUGCCUCUCCCACAAUCUCUGACUUUUCUCAGCUGCCUCCAGACACUGGUGAUGUUGUGGAGGGCACUCAUGCUAGCACUGAGGUUACAGACACUGUGAUAUAUGACACGUCUCUGUCUCCCCAAUAUGAAAUACCAACUCCCCAAGUCCUAAAAGCUGAUGAAGGAUUAAUAAAAGCAGCGGAGACUCCAGCAGCGGACACAUCUGAGAUAACACCGGUCACUUCAGACACCCAAGAUUGCGAUCUUACUAUCACUGAACCGUCCCCAUCUUUUUCCACUCCAGCAGCGUCACUGGAUGCUCAUUGUGUAACUGAUCUCCUUAGCAAUAGUUCUCUAUCAGUAGAGGUGACUCCUACAGCAGAACUACCAAAGAGCCAGAGCUGGAUCUGUGAAGAGGACUUCCAGACAGAACCUGGUGUGGGUACAGUAGACAAGGCCGGUACUGGCCACCUAGUCUCUGAGCUGCCUAACGUCUCCAACCAGGAGUCCCCAAAGUCCUCCAGUGCAGCCUUUCAUGUAGUCCACCGCAGGCAGAUAGGAUUGCCCAACCCGUUCCGUGGCCUCUUGAUGAUGGGCACUCUAGAACGUAAGAAUGCCUUAGGUCUUUACAAGCCGUAUUAUUGUGAGCUGACGCCAUAUGAGUUUCGCCUGCAAGUUGAAGGAGACGAGCAGAACUGUGCGGAGAGUUGUUCUCUCCUCCGCUGUGAGUCAGUGGGCCCCGCACACAGUGAUGGCCGCUUUGACCUUCAGUUUGCCAGUAAAAGGGUGUACCUGAGGACUCCAUCUAAAGAUGAAGCCCAGGACUGGGUGGACAGAAUACAGGAAGCUGUGCAAAAACUCCGACCCCAGCAAGAUGACUGCUGGGAAAUUUUACAGGGCAUAGAUUCCCCACACAGCCCUGCGCCUCCCGGUGAUAGGGCGCCUUCCUGCCAGGUGUUUGACUGGACUUUUCAGGUGGAAGUUGAGCCAGAUGCUUUGAAGGAGUCUGUUUUGUACAUGAAGGUUCAGAAAUCAUGGACAAGGUACAUGUUCUCAUUGUCAGAACGUGCUCUGAAGUGUUUCCUUUCCCGGAGUGAUGAGAAGUCUCUGUACAGUGUGUAUACUGCAGAGAUGGUGAAGGAUAUUCUGCCUGACUCCAGCCUUGGGAGUCCCUCUUGCUUCCGCCUGGUCACUACCAAGGGAUCUCUGCAGUUACAGGCAGAGAACGCUGCUGAAGCCAAAGCUUGGAGAGAGCUGGUCCGAGCGGUGUUCCUGGAGCUGGAAGAUGAUGCUGUUCUGUUCCUAAGGGCUGCAAGCUUCCACAUAAAGCCUCACAUCCGGGAACAUCUUCUUUUCCAGUACCUCCUGCAUAUUCCCACUGAGCGGGGUCUGGACACGCAGAACUUCAAGUGUGCAGGCUGCCAUAAACAGAUUGGAUUCCACUUUGGGAAGGUGAAGUUGUGUGCGUUCUCUGGUCUAUAUUAUUGUGACUUGUGUCAUCAGGAUGAAGUGUCGAUCAUCCCCUCCAGGAUUGUGCAUAACUGGGACCUAACAGAGCGGCCGGUGUCUAGACCAGCUGUAAACUUCCUAAAGAUGGUGUGGGAUGAGCCAAUUUUCAACAUUAAGUGCCUAAAUGAGUGCCUCUACCAGCACACAACAACCAUGUGUGAGAUCGGCUAUAGUCGGGAGAAGCUGCGGCUGCUGGGGGAGUAUCUGAUGACCUGUCGCAGUGGGGCACUGCAGGAGCUUAGCACAAGCCUCGAUCAGCGGGAUUACCUCCUGGACUGUGCUCAUACUUACAGCGUGUGGGACCUUAAACAGAUCGCUGAGGGAGCGUUUCAGUGUUUCCUUCAGUCUGCCUUGGAGUUUGCCAGCAGCCACGUCUUCAGGUGUGACCUGUGCAGUCAGAGAGGUUUUAUCUGUCAGAUCUGCAACCAGGAUGAAAUCAUCUACCCCUUUCAGUUUGACACAACAACAAGGUGUGGUGACUGUAAAGCAGUCUUUCACAAACCCUGCAAAACGCCUUCUAUUGAGUGCCCACGAUGUGAGCGACGGAGAAAGUGCCAAGACCAGCGGGUGAGGAAGUGAGUCUCCUGGAGCCGCGUCUGCAGCCUCUACUGCUUUAGUUUGCACACAACUGGAUGGUAUCAUACUUGUCACUUUAUCCUUGUACAAAGACUGUAUGUAUAUUGUGUAUAUAAAUGGGAGACGCUUGUAUCUUGAGCAGAAGCCUUGUACACAGAGGUGCUCCCUCAGGCUGUAGUGGGAAGAGCUUGUCCCCAGUUGUCUGUUUCUAGUCUUCCAUUCAACAGACAGUCAUUGCCAAGAGAUUCCCUGCCAGGUCAGGGGAGGACACCAUCAUGUAGAUGUUCUCUGCAGAGUAAUAUUUUUUUUUUUUUUUUUUGAUCAGGUAUUUUUGUAUUGAGUGACUGAAAGCGUCAGAUCUUGUGCCUUGUCCUCCGGGGAUGUGGAUAGCAGAUCACAGGUUCAUCUUACACUUGGGUUAUGCUUAUUUUCCCCAAUGUCUAGCAACUUGGCCUAUAUUAUUUUAUUACCCUCUCUCUGAUCUUUUAGCAAUCAUGAAUAAGAGGUCUGUCAUACUGACCUCCCUGCAGAAUCCUUUGCUCCCCAAAAAUGUCUAACGAUGUGAACACUAACCAUGUGAGGUUUUCCAUUUUAAAUUCUUCCAUCAGGACCGAUGUGAGUGUAAUACUGGCUCCUAAUUUUCCAACUCUACUGCUGUGUGUAGAAGAUCAGGGCAGUGCAGCUUAUGUACUUAGGCUGAUCUCCUUCACCCUACAGAGCAGUGCAGCCCGUAUCUGAGCAUUGCAGCACCUUCUCCUGCUGCUGUGAUGUCCAAGGGACAGCAAAGUUGACUGGUUUCUCGGGUGUGGUGAUUUUGGCCUCUCUCCAUAUGUGCCAAACAUUUCCUAGUUGAAAAUGUUUUGUGUAUCUGAUUUUAAUAUACUGACGUUAUCUGGUAAUUCAUCUUCUGCACAAUGAUUAUUGUAAUAAAUGUGAUU